CAAACAGUUAAAAGGAAAAAAAAAAAAAUUCUUUGAGAUGAGACUUGUUCUCUCUGGUGCCUCUUCUUUCACCUCCAACCUUUUUUGUUCCUCCCAACAGGUCAAUGGAAGAGGAAAAGAACUGAAAAACCCAAUUUCUCUAAACCACAACAAAGAUUUGGACUUUCUGUUAAAGAAGUUAGCUCCGCCACUCACGGCGGUUUUACUUGCUGUUUCACCCAUCUGUUUCCCUCCAGAAUCUCUUGGGCAGACUUUGGAUAUACAGAGAGGAGCUACAUUGUUUAAUAGAGCUUGUAUCGGGUGUCAUGAUACAGGUGGAAACAUUAUUCAACCUGGUGCAACGCUUUUCACAAAAGACCUCGAAAGAAAUGGAGUUGAUACUGAGGAAGAAAUAUAUCGUGUUACCUACUUUGGAAAGGGAAGAAUGCCGGGAUUUGGUGAGAAAUGCACACCGAGAGGACAAUGUACCUUUGGACCGCGGUUGCAGGACGAAGAAAUCAAGCUUCUCGCUGAAUUUGUAAAGUUUCAAGCUGACCAAGGCUGGCCAACUGUAUCUACGGACUAGCGACUAGGCAUUCUUCGUCUUGUGAGCGUUUUUGUAAUCCAAUUAAUCCAUAGGGCUGUAUCUACUUACACUUAUAACAAUUCCUUCUGGGAGGUUUCAUUGCAAUUGCUUAUGCUCCCAGAUGUUCUUAAGGUACAACAAAAUUAUAGGUGUUCAUAAAAUCACCAACACAUAUAUGCUCAUAACGUUUGACUA